AUGUCGGACGAAGUGAGGAAUUUGGAUCUCGACAACAAGUUGGGUGAAGGGCGUUAUGGUAUCGUAUGUAAAGGUAUGUGGCGUGAAAAACCGGUGGCCGUCAAGCGAAUUCAGUUAAUUCAUAUCGCAAGCAACACACAAGGAGAAGAAACAUUGCAGGGACUUGAUCAUUUGAAUGUAAUCAAAUUGUUUCACGCCGAGAGUGACGCAAAUUUCAGAUAUUAUUAUCUUGAAUUGUGCAACGCUUCUUUGGAAAAAUUAUUUCUGAAAGAAGGGCACAAGAAUAAAUACCGUGGGCCGAUGCCCCCAUCGCUAACGGCCCUUUAUCAAUUAGCUGUCGGAUUGGAGUAUAUUCACAAAAUGGGACUGGUGCAUCGCGACCUCAAACCUGAAAACGUCCUCAUCUGGCAAGAUCCCAGAAAAGGAAACGUUUUAUUGAAAUGGGCUGAUUUUGGACUGUGUAAACCAGUGAAUGAGCGAGGGUCUUACUCUAUGAGUGGAGUCAGAGGUACCUUUGACUGGUUAGCACCUGAAAUUCUGAACUUAUUUUUUAACGAAGAAUUGAGCCAGUCUGAAAGUGAAACAACAUCAACAGUUAAACGAGGCACCAUCCAAAGUGAUGUGUUUUCAGAAGGACUCGUCUUUGGCUACUUCCUACUAGAUGGCCGUCAUCCUUUCGGUUUGCGUCAUCAAAUUCACACCCACAUACUUGAAAAUAAACCAGUUAAUCUGGAUAAAAUACAAUCGAAAUGUGCACGUGAACUGAUCCUGAGAAUGCCAAGGGAAAAUAUCGCGGAUAGAAUAACAUCGACAGAAGUUGCAGAAUUUCUCAAACAAAUGAAAAGUCAUGAAACUCAGUUGUUCGCCUUAUGUUCGCGUGAUACCUAUCCAAGUUUGGAAGAAGUAACACAUUUUCUACAAGAAGGUAUGGAUUUCAAUUGCACAAUCGAAGAAGGAAUGUCACCCCUUCAUUAUUUGGCAAACAAAAAACGCAAUGGACAAAAUAAUUUACUGGAAAUACUUUAA